CGGAGCAGGGUGGGCGCCAGGAAGUGCCCCUUCGCCGGAGAAGACUUUUUUCCUUUUUGGAGCGGGAAGCCGCAGAUGCUCGGGACGACUGCGAGCAGGAGGCGCCGGCUGGGAGGAGCGGCGAGCCCCCGCGAAGCUUGGCGCUUCCUCUCCUGGAUGGGCGGAUGGGCGCUAAUCUGUUGUCAGGCGGCUCGGAGCGCGGAUGCUGUGGCGACUUCGUCCAGCCUGCAGCUGCCUCAGUGCCAGGAGGCUGAAUAUCACUUUGAAUACACGGAGUGCGAUAGCAGCGGAUCCAGAUGGAGGGUAGCCAUCCCAAAUCCUGAUGUGGAAUGUUCUGGUUUACCUGACCCCAUCAAAGGAAAGGAAUGCACUUUUUCAUGCGCUGCUGGGGAAUAUCUAGAAAUGAAGAACCAGGUAUGCAGUAAAUGUGCCGAGGGGACUUACUCCUUGGGAAGCGGGAUCAAAUUUGAUGAAUGGGAUGACCUUCCGGCAGGAUUCUCCAAUGUAGCAACUUACAUGGACACAGCCAUUGGUUCAGCGGAAAGCAAAGCAGAUAGCUGUGGCAAGUCUUCAUGGACUCCCCGUGGGAAUUAUAUAGAGUCAAAUCGGGAUGAUUGCACUGUCUCCUUAAUUUACACCGUACACCUGAAGAAGUCUGGCUCAGUCAUCUUUGAGUACCAGUAUAUUGACAACAACAUCUUCUUUGAGUUCUUUAUUCAAAAUGACCAGUGCCAAGAGCUGGACUCCACAAGUGAUAAGUGGGUGAAGCUGACAGAUAAUGGAGAAUGGGGCUCUCACUCUGUAACCCUAAAAGCAGGCUCUAAUAUAUUAUACUGGAGAACAACAGGGAUCCUUAUGGGUUCGCAGGUGGUGAAGCCCGUACUGGUGAAGAACAUUACAAUCGAAGGUGUGGCCUAUACUUCUGAAUGCUUUCCCUGUAAGCCUGGCACUUUUAGCAACAUGCCAGGCUCUUCCAGUUGCCAGAUAUGCCCUAGAAAUACCUACUCAGAAAAAGGUGCUAAGGAAUGCACUAGGUGUCAGGAAGAAACACAUUAUGCAGAUGAAGGAUCAAGCCAGUGUACGGAGCGCCUUCCAUGCUCAAAGAAAGACUUUUCCCAAAUACACACACCAUGUGACCAGGAGGGAAAGACUCAGCUCAUGUACAAAUGGGUGGAGCCUAAGAUCUGUAGGGAAGAUGUUUCUGAAGCCAUGAAGCUGCCUCCUUCAGGAGAGAGGAAGGAGUGUCCGCCUUGUAACCCUGGUUUCUAUAGCAAUGGCUCAUCUUUCUGCACUCCUUGUCCUCCGGGCAUGUUUUCGGAUGGAACCCAUGAAUGCAAGGCCUGCCCUGCUGGGACUGAACCAGCACUGGGACUGGAAUAUAAAUGGUGGAAUGUCCUUCCUCUCAACAUGAAGACAUCUUGUUUCAAUGUUGGAAAUUCAAAAUGUGAUGGAAUGAAUGGUUGGGAAGUGGCUGGUGACCACAUCCGGAGUGGGGCAGGAGGCACGGAUAAUGAUUAUCUCAUUGUGAAUCUUCAUAUAUCAGGAUUUAAGCCUCCAACAUCAGUAACAGGGGCGACAGGCUCAGAACUUGGACGAAUCACUUUUGUGUUUGAGACCAUCUGUUCAGCAGAUUGUGUGCUGUAUUUCAUGGUGGAUAUCAAUAAAAAGAACACAAAUGUAGUGGAAUCAUGGAGUGGGAGUAAGGACAAGCAAUCUUAUACACACAUAAUCUCCAAAAAUGCUUCUUUUACAUUUACAUGGGCUUUCCAGAGAACCAAUCAAGGCCAAGAUAGCAGGAAGCUCAUCAAUGACGUGGCAAAGAUCUAUUCGAUCAUUGUGACCAAUGCAGUGGACGGCGUGGCCUCAUCCUGCCGGGCCUGUGCUGUUGGCUCAGAACAGUCUGGCUCCUCCUGCAUUCCCUGCCCUGCUGGACACUAUAUAGAAAAGAAAACCAACCAGUGCAAGGAGUGUCCUCCCGAUACGUACCUGUCCAUUCAUCAAGUGUAUGGCCAAGAAGCAUGUAUUCCAUGUGGACCUGGCAGUCAAAGUACCAAGGACCAUUCAGCAUGCUUUAGCGACUGCAUGCUGUCAUACUUCAAGGACAAUCGGAGCCUGACUUAUGAUUUUAGCAACCUGAGCAGAGUAGGCUCACUAAUGAAUGGACCAAGCUUUACGGCAAGAGGAACAAAAUUCUUCCAUUUCUUCAAUAUCAGCCUGUGUGGAAACCAAGGAGAAAAGAUUGCAAUUUGUGCUGACAAUAUAACAGAUAUCACACUUAAGGAUAUGGUAGCUGAAUCUGAAGACUAUUCCAACAUUGUGAGGGCCUUUGUCUGCCAGUCUACAAUUAUACCACCUGAUAGCAAGGGAUUCCGAACUGCUUUGGCACUUCAGUCCAACAGCCUUGCAGACACAUUUUUGGGUGCUACCUCUGAAACAACACUGGGAAAUAUUAAUGCCAAGCCAGAAAUAUUUGAGCAUUCAGAGAGGAAGAUGCCUGAUGUGCAUUUCUAUUACAAGUCUUCAGGAACCACAGCUACUUGUGAAAACGGGCGUGCUUCUGUUGUGACAAUGAGAUGUAACCCUGCAAAACCUGGCCAAGGAGAAAUGUCAGUUCCCAGUUCUUGCCCUGCAGGUACCUGUGAUGGCUGUACAUUCUACUUCUUGUGGGAAAGUGCAGAAGCCUGUCCCAUGUGUACAGAACAAGACUAUCAUGAAAUUGAGGGUGCUUGUAAAAAAGGACACCAGGAAACAUUGUAUGUAUGGAAUGAACCAAAGCUAUGUAUAAAAGGGGUUUCCUUGCCCGAAAAAAAGAUAAUCAUUUGUGAAACGAUGGACUUUUGGCUGAAAGUUGGUGCUGGUGUUGGUGCUUUCACAGGUGUCCUGCUGAUUGCCUUAACCUGCUAUUUCUGGAAGAAGAAUCAGAAGUUGGAGUAUAAAUAUUCCAAGCUGGUGAUGACAGCAAAUUCAAAAGAAUGUGAGCUCCCAGCUGCUGACAGUUGUGCUAUCAUGGAAGGGGAAGAUAAUGAAGAGGAAAUAGUAUAUUCUAAUAAACAGUCGUUACUAGGAAAACUCAAAUCAUUGGCAACAAAGGAAAAAGAAGACCGUUUUGAAUCUGUUCAGCUGAAAUCCUCAAGAUCUCAAAAUAUAUGAAGACUUAAGACUGCCUUUGCACCAGCAAGCCUGAUUUCUGUUUAUAGGGGACCACAUUUUCAACAUGUCCAGGCACCCAUCCAAGGGCUGGUCUCCAGUGAGAAAUGUUGUGCAAUCUAAGUUGACAAAGAUGGCAGCAGAGAAAAACAAGAGAGGAAGUUGCCUUAUGUGCGACUGAGUAAUUUGCCAAAAUAAAAAAAAGGGAAAAGGGGGAAAUCAGCGAGGUUAUAUGUUGGGGAUGGAAGUUUACUCAGGGAGAGACAAAACAUGAUCAGAAACAGUCCAAGACUUCUUGGUGCCUGAGACAGAAAAUCCAAAUGGCUCCUCCCAGAGAAGUACAAAUACAGCAAGAAACUAAAUCAUUGCCCUUUUCAUGCUCACUGCCCAACGUCUCUUCCAUAAGGUGGGUUGCCUCACCUGUCCCGAGAGAAAGAGAGGUCGUACCUGAAAUGAGGUUUACACUCAACUGUGCAAUGGCAUGGUUGAUUUUUCAUUAUUCUUUAGUUCCUUCUUUCCUGUCACAGACAUGAAACAGACUGGCUUUGGAAAGGGUGGACAUGUCUUCAGAGCUGUUACACAAAUUUGCAGAUGUUCUGAGGUUACAGGAUUGAGUUUCUCUUGAUAUCAAACCAGUCCUCAAUGUCUGAAAUAGGAGAACUGUGAAGGGUUUCUUUUUAAUACUUGUAAAACUGUUGUGUUUUGCCUUACGUUAGGGAUCCAGUUUUGCACCUGCGGAACCAGCUCCUUUAGAUGCUAAGAAUGUUGUAUGGAAGGGCUGAACAUGUCAUUGGAUGGCUAACAGUGUGUGUGUGUUGUGAGAGACUGGUCUCACUGCCUCCAGUAAGGCUUGCUUCUCAGUAAGCAUGUUUAGGAUGGCAGCCUAACUCUCCGUAGUCCAGCUCAAAGGAUCAAAGCUGCAUGAUUUAGAAUUAGGCUUGGCUGAUGACGCUUAGCCAGUGCCACUCAAAUGGAAUAGAGUGCAGUCACAUUUCUAUGACAAGUUCAUUUGUAGGAAGCAGAUAUUCCCAAGCUUCUGGGAAUUUUAAUGACACCAUAACAAAUGCCAGCCUGCAAGGCUUUGCAACAGUGAGGUAGUUUGCUGAAAGCAUGUGGGCUUGCUAUGAGGAGCUGAAUGCAGAACAUGCCCCUCAUGUUCAGAGGUUAAAAAAAGUAAGGGUAGUGGGAUCCCAAAGAGGCAGGCCACUUCUCCUAGUAUAUCUGAUGAAUACAGGUGUCAUUCCUGGGUCUUGAAGGGACAGAUCGAUGCCACUUUAACAUAUUUGGGCCUUGAACAGACCAUGGUGUGUUUUGUGUCCCCGCAUACUUUUCAGAACUACCCUUUUCUGUGCAAUUUUUGGCUGGGAUAUUUUUAGAUAAAGGAGCGGACCUGUGGGUACAGUCCAGGGUCAUAAGAUGAAAUAUUUAGAGUGACCAAGUCAAUCAGCACCAAAAUAGGGAGGCAUUACAUUCAGGUCCAGUUCUAAUCAGCAAAAUGGAACUUUCAUACCCAUGCUUCUGUCGUGAAUCUGAAAUUUGAAAUGAAGCAAGGAAAGGGCAUGUAUGCUCAUGGACAACUCCAGAAUCAUUCAGCUGCUAAUGAACAGCCAUAGCUGGGCUGCAUGUGUUGGAGUGGGGAAGCACUGGCAGUCCAAAUAAGGCACAUGGGCCUUCAGUGGCUCACUUCCAAUUUGAAAAAUCAGCCAUAAUCAGCAACAUUAUCUUUAGAUUUCCAGAACUUCCAAAACAGGAUGGACACUAUUGGUGAGAAUUGCGUACUCAUCAGAAUAGAGAUAAAUGUUACUGAUGAAAAAUUAUUUUAUAAAUGUAUAUCUAAAUUAUGAAAGAUUUGUUUUUUAAUCCUGCUCAAAUAGGUGAAUACAGAUCUUUGUAUAAAGCAUGGAAAAUGAGGUGGGACCUUGUGAUGGCUUUUAGUACAAAAUAUUCAAUGGUCGUGAUAAUUUGACAGUAAUCACUUGACUGUCGGCCCCCCUUUUAAAUGAAACCAAAUCUGAAAUGUUCUGCAUUUUGAAUACUUUCCCUUCAAUCUUCUACAAUACAGGAUAAGUCUUGCCUAGUUUUACUUGCUUUUAACCUGAGCAGGGCAAUCAGUUUCCUUUAUACAGUUUCAAAAGCAGGGCUUUCUGCUUUACUGAGUGUUCCUCUGGGUGACUGAGAGAGCACAUGCCAUCCUUUUCUUCUGGAAAUACAUGCAUCAAGGAACAUUUUAGAAACAUAGAAACAGAGCAAGUCAGAAGGGGUCUCCCGAGCCAUCUAGUCUGACCCCCGCCUCCAGCCAGCUCCGCUCACGACAUGCCCACCAUGUGCAUGUCCAAAAUUUUGAUGUGUAAAAGCACAUUCUGCUACAUUUGAAUGCUUAACAAAGAGACCCUGUGCAUAUCUACUCAGAAGUAGGUUGCAUGAAUUCCAACAGGACAGUAACUGUGCAUAGAAUUGAAACCAUAACUCUUCUUUCUUUUUGUAUAUUUUGUAAUGUUGUUCAUUAGCUUUGUCUAAUGCACAUGGCUAUUGGUACUCUUGGCAUUGUUUCUCUUCACCAGAUAUGAAUUGCAUUAUGGAUCAGUUUGCUUGCUUAUUGUUCCAGUUCACAUGGUACACAGUAUGAACCGGCCUGUCCAUGGAUGUAGUGGCUGUGAUCUUUCUGGAACUCCAUGAUUGUAUCAGCUAUAAACAUUGUUACUGACAUCAUGAGCUCACUGCAGGGUGACUACAAUUGUGUCUAUCAGCCUGAGGGCCAAAUUCCGAUGUGGGGAAGGUUGCAGCUUGGGCAGGGGUGCAUUCCAGUAAUGGGUAGAGCCAGAGGCAGAAUGGAUGGGUUUUCCAAAGAAGCCCAUGGGCUUAGGGCUGCCCAGUAUGGCUCUAGGUCAGCCUUCCUAACCUGUGUUCAACGAAAUGUUGCCUACAACUCCCAUCAGUUCUGAUCAUGGUGGUUGGAGAUAGGGAUCCAUUGAAAAUUUGAAGAGGAAGAUAAAAUCUGAUGAAUUUUCACAAUUACCCUGGCCCAGGAUUCUAGUUUAUUACCCCUAUGUUGGUACUGAUUUGCCAUUGUGUGAAUCAAGUCCACUUGCACAUUUCCAUCUUUAAAACAGGCCACAGUUAGCAUAUUUUUAAUGCUACAGAAAUUAGCUCAAACUGUACAGCUCUAUCACAAUUUGCACAAAUCGCACCAGAACUACAUCAUUCCAGCUUCCAACUUGUGCAAAUAGUGCCAAUCAUGCUAUUUGUGCAAAUUGUGUAAAUUUGUAGAAAUGCUCAGAUUGUGUGAUUGCUGCAAAUUCCCUUAGCAUUUUCAAAAAAUGUCCGAACAGUAACCAGUUUUAGAGAUGGAAGAGCUCCCAACUCAGCCUGUUUCCAAUCACUAGAUUAGAAUUGGGCAGGAAGUCCAUUGAGUUCAAACAAGCUGGGCAUUCCAGCAUCAGCACAUUCUUAGUUGGGAAUGAUGGGAGUCAUAGGCCAGAUGUUCUGCAGGAACCUAGGUGAUGUCAGCCGCUCUGAAUGCAUUUGGUGGAAUAGACUUCAACUGGAUGAAAACAUGCAUCCUUCUUAAACCGGGUCAGAUAUUUGGUCCAUCUAGUCCAACAUUUUCUGUUAUUCUAAGUGUAGUUGACCAAAGUUUCAGUCCCUUUAUCUGGGAUAUGGAAACUGAACAUGGAACCUUGUAUACAAAUUUUGUGUUUAACCAGUUGGCUAUGGAUCCUCCCUUACCAUGUAAAUUUCUGUGAAUCUUUAUUUCAACAAUGUUUGCCUUAUUUGUAGUCCUAAAAUGAAAUUACAAAUGUUUUUCCCUUCUGGACUUCAUAGAAUUGACAGUCUUCGGUGAUA